AUGGUUUCACCUCCAUCCCAGAGACUCUGGGUGGGGAUGCUGGUUGUGUUCGUGGUGUUGGUGGUUGAGCUCCCUGGAGCCCUGCAGAAGUGCAUCUUUGAUGAGGUUCAGGUUCAGGUCAGAGUGGUUGAAGCUGCACCCGUUGACCCAGACAGCCCACCCAGUGAGACCAGACUCAGAGCCCCGGCCGGGCAGGAGCAACAAACCGCUAAUCCAGGAUUCAAGGGAUCACCUCUGCAAGCAGUGAAGCAGAGGAGCAGCCUGGGAGGGUUAGUCCCGCCCACUGCUGUCUCCCCACAGCCAAUCAGGAUCCGCACCUGGGUUCCGGAACAGAGUGACAGCCUAUCAGAGGCUGAGAAAGACAAGCUGGAGGCAGCUGUGGAAGAGGCUGUGAGGAUGGUGUCCUCUUUACUAUCAGUGGACAGAGUACGGGGCCCUUUGCUGCUCAGCAGAGACAUCAACAAAUACUGCAAGUUUCUCUGGAGGAACUCGAGCACUGUUAACUACAACAGGUGUGGUAGAGCCAACAACAACUACAGAUCUGAGAGCUGUCUGGAUGUGACAAUCCCAGAUGAUCACCUGGCUGGAUGUGAUGUGUAUCCAGAGGCUGACUCACCUCACAGGACUGCUCUCCGACCUGAAGGUGCUGGACUCACUGACACCGACUUCCUGCUUUACCUCCACGUACAGGCCACUGACAAGUGUCGAGCAGAGCCUAACGUGUUGGCCUACGCUGUCCACUGCCAGACGGACACCCAUGGGCGACCUGUAGCUGGGGUGGUGGUCAUCUGCAGGGACAGACUGAGCGGAGCCGCAUACAGCCACCAGACUACUGUACAGACUGUGAUCCACGAGCUGUUUCAUGCACUCGGUUUCUCUAAAGAUCUUUUCCACACCUGGAGAGACUGUUCCUCCUCUACUCAAGUGACUCACACUGAUGGAUCGGGUCAGAUGAGGAUCUACACCCCGUCUGUUAUCUCAGCCCUGCAGAAGCACCUGGCAUCCACAGACCCCGAGCUCGGAGGGCCGCUGGAGAACCUGGAUGCACCUCCAGGUGGGGUGUCCUCUCACUGGGAGUCCCUGCUCCUGCAGGGGUCCAUCAUGGCAGCAGUGCUGGGGGACUCCACCACAGUCCGGAUCGACCCGGUCACCUUGGCUGCGUUACAGGACACGGGCUGGUACGCUGUCAACCUGAGCCGGGCACAGAGUCUGGUCUGGGGAGACGGUGAAGGAGCUACGUUUGGCUCUCUGUCAACCUGUCAGAACGGCUCCUCAUCCUUUUUCUGCACUGGCAGUGAGCUCGGGUGUCAUUAUCUUCACCUCCACAAGGGGGAGUGUCAGACUGAUCCAUACCUGGAGAUGUGUCGAAUGUACAAACCUCUCAAGAAUGGAAGUGAGUGUUGGAAAAAGGAAAAUGAGAGGCAUUCAGCUGAAGAGGACUGGAGCGGAGAGAUCUUUGGCUUUGACAGCCGUUGUUUCUUCUCUAGUCUGAACAGACAGAGUCACUUUCUCUUGCCCAGCAGCUCUGUGGAGGGCCGCUGUUACAGACACAGGUGUACUGGACCUAACAGGUACCAGAUCCAGGUGUCUGGCACUGAAUGGAUGGACUGUCCAGCUGGAGGAACCAUUCAGAUUAAAGGAUAUCAGGGUUCAGUUUUCUGUCCUGACAGGUUUUGUCUGUACGCUGACGUUACUCCCUCACAUGAUGUCAACACAUUUCCUGCUUCUAUCACAAGUGAUUCCUUUCAGACUUCACCCUCAGCCCAGGAUGGGACCUGGUCUUCCUUCAGACCUCAUACAGAGGUCACUACAGUCACAGCGCUCUGCUUCACUGCUGCUGUGUGUCUCCUGGCUGCAGUCAUGGUGUCUUACAGGAAAUGCUGCUCCUACAGGGUCAGGAUCCACACUGUACCAGAGGAUCACAGCGACCUGUAG